AUGAGCGGUCGCAAAUACGAUGACGUCGAGGAAGAAGACCGGGGCCCUUUGAGCGACUUCGAUUUUGAUUCCGAAGAGGAAUCUGCCGCGGUUGAUCCCGGGCUCGGCAUCCGAGACGAGAGCGGGCAGGAUGGGACUCGGCUGGUGGCAUCCCGUGCCGGCAUCCUAACUAUCGACACCAACGCGGCGGUUGCUAACUACCAAGAACGCAGCCGGAGGCCGAGUGACUCUAAGAAAGUGGUGGCCUGGAGUGAUCUACCUAAGAAGAAGCAGUUGGUAGUCAUCACAUUAGCCCGGCUCAGUGAGCCAUUAGUCCAGACGUCUCUGCAGUCAUACAUGUUCUACCAGCUACGAUGGUUCGACCCAAGUCUGCCGGACUCUACCAUCUCGAGCCAGGCCGGUAUUUUGCAUGCGAGCUUCACCGCCGCGCAGUUCUUCACUGCUAUGAUAUGGGGCCGGGUUGCCGAUUCUACUUGGGCCGGCCGAAAGACGGUUAUCAUGAUAGGAUUGUUUGGAACUCUCAUUUCAUGUCUUGGAUAUGGGUUCUCGACGUCUUUCUCCCAAGCUCUGUUAUUUAGAGCUCUAGGUGGCGCAACUAAUGGCAACGUUGGAGUGAUGAGGACUAUGAUUAGCGAGAUUGUCCGUGAAAAGAAAUACCAGUCCCGGGCGUUCCUAAUCUUGCCCAUGACGUUUAAUAUCGGCGUCAUCAUUGGCCCAGUCCUUGGUGGCGUCCUAUCUGACCCGGCAGGCUCAUACCCUGACACCUUUGGCAACAUAGAAUUCCUCCAGAAAUUCCCCUAUGCUAUGCCAAAUCUUGUUAGCACAGGGUUUCUGUUCAUCGCUUUAUUAAUGUGCUGGAUGUUUUUGGAAGAGACACAUGAUGCCUUGCAAGACAGGCGGGAUUUCGGGAUUAUCAUAGGCCGGAAAUUGACAUCACUAUUCACGCCACUGUUCAAGAAACGCGGCACGAAUAUAGCAUAUACGCGUCUACACUCACAGACUUCUAGUAUAAGUACAAAUAUGGAAAUGUCGCCCGUUACACCGAGGGAUUCGUCUGAAAAUGCGCCGGCGACUUCGAAGAGGCCAUCUAGGCAUAGGUACACGACUAGACUUCCCUUCCGUCGCAUAUUCACAUCAAACGUAUCCUUUACAUUUGUUGCUCACUUCUUCCUUGCUUUCCACGUUGGUACCUUUAAUUCGCUCUGGUUCAUCUUCCUCUCAACGCCUGUUUACAAUCCAAAAAAUCCAGACCCGCCGGAUUUUAAGCCGCAGCUACCUUUCAGGUUCACGGGUGGACUUGGUUUGCCUCCUAGUUCUGUCGGCAUGGCCAUGGCGAUCCUGGGUGUAAUUGGUAUUACGAUGCAGCUAUUUCUAUACCCUCGUCUAUCAUCGCGACUGGGUACCGUCCGCUCGUGGCGCAUGUGUUUAUUUCUUUUCCCUAUCGCGUACACCUUAAUCCCGUUUCUAUCAAUUGUGCCGUCGAGUACGCCGCCUCCGAGUCAGAAGACAGGUGCUUGGAUAUGGGCUGCCAUUGCCGGCGUGUUGUUCAUCCAAGUUACAGGACGCACGUUCGCACUCCCCGCCCAAACGAUUCUAGUCAACAAUUGCACGCCGCACCCUAGUGUGUUAGGCACUGUUCAUGGACUUGGACAGAGUGUCAGCAGUUUCGCCCGGACGGUUGGACCGGUCAUGUGCGGAUGGCUCUAUGGUCUUGGCCUGAGCCACGGUAUAGUCGGCGGUGUGUUUUGGGGCCUUGCCGGUGUGGCUCUGUGUGGUUUAGUUGCGAGUUUCUGGGUCAGAGAAGGAAACGGACAUGAGAUAUGGCUAGAAGGGGACGAAGACGAAGACGAAGGGCGUACAUGA